GGAAGUUGAUUAAAUCGUCACAUAACAAAAGUGUCAUGGCGGAGUUAGACGAAAACGCUAGUGAUAAGGAAAAAUCGCUGGCAAAAAACAGUAGAACUAGGGACGGCGAAAAUAUGAAAACACAUAUUCACAAGCCCUGUUCCGUGGGCAAACAAGACACCUCCACCGCUGUUACCACCACGGAGUACUGCGAAAAAUUACAAGAGUGGAUGUGGCAGUACUACUACAGCUAUAUGAACUGGCAGAGCUGGAUAGCCAUGUCUGCGUUUUCCUUCCCACCGUGUUUCCCAACACAAGGAACAAAUGAAAUGCAAGGAGCGUCGACAUGGGGUACAGAUAUGCCUAAUGGAGACCUUCGCAAUUGGUUUAGCAGCCCGUUUGGUUUUCCUGCUGCAGCUGCGAAUGCAGCGGGUCCAGCUGCUGACGCGAGCAGACAGAGUUCUCGAGCUCCUGCCACUGCGCCUGCGCAGCUGCCACAACAACAACCACAGCAACCUAAUGGAAAUGCUCAACAGCCAGGUAGGGAAUAUUCUAUCCCCUCUCCUCUACAAAGGUUCUUGGCAGAAAUGGUGGAUUUCUUCAUUCUUUUCUUCAUUAAAGCUACAAUUAUCCUCAGUAUUGUGCACUUCAGUGGAAUGAAGGACAUCUCAAAGUUUGCCAUGCACUUCAUUGUAGAGGAGAUUGAUGAGGACACGUCAAUGGAGGAAUUGCAGAAGAUGAUGCUCGUGGCUCUAGUGUACAGGAUAUUAGUUUGCUUUUAUGAGAUCAUAUGUAUUUGGGGAGCUGGUGGGGCGACACCAGGGAAGUUUAUCAUCGGCUUACGAGUGGUCACAUGUGACAGCUCCGUCCUGGUUCAGCCAAACCGAGUUCUUGUGGUACCAGCGACAAACGUCACGCUUUCUGCGUCUACGGUGAGAGCGUUAAACAAGAACUUCUCCAUCGCUUUCUUUUUUCCGGCAUUCAUCACACUUCUUUUCUUUCAGCACAACAGGACUGUGUAUGACAUUGUGGCCGGCACCAUUGUGGUCAAGAGAAACAGGCUUAGAUGACUUUGUCAUUAAAGUCAUCAUCAUCCCAACUUUGUAAUGCAAAAACAAGCUCAUAGACAAAGGAGAGCAAACCAGCUGCAGUGACACAUACUGAACUGAAAUAAGGCUAUUGGCCUCUCAAAGAACUGCCACUUUAAGUGCUGAACACGUUAUAUCCAGUAUUUCUCACCCAUCUCUUCUGGACAUUUAGUUUUGUAAGCAUGAAUUGCUUUCUCAGAAGUAUUUUUAAUCAUCUCUGUUGACAUCUUUGAAUAUUUUUCUUGUGCCAAAGUAAGAUAAUUUAUAUAAAUGUGCUGCCGCAUAAUACUUGAACUUCCCCUGGUACAUCUUUCUCUCUCUUUGUUAAUGUGUGUGGAAUAUUGAUUGGAAUAUUUACUUAAGAAUAUUCUUUGACUAAUGGAAUUUGAGCAGGAAUUAACAUAUUUCUCCAAAUGCAAUAUCGUUUGGUUAUAGAUCCUAAUCUACUCACUGCAUUUGUAUUUCAGAUGAAUGUUUUGUUCCUAAUUACUUAUCUCUAUUUUAUGGCCUUUAAAAGCUUGAAAAUGCCGGGAAAACAUUUUAUUUGUACAGCUGAGCUGUUUUGCAUACUGAAUUUUCACUGCAUGCCUUCUUCAGCUCUGUGUUCUGCACUAUCCUGAGCUGCCGAGUUGAUUAUUUCAACUUUAAGUAGCCUCAUUCUUAAUCAGUUGUUAGUAUGUUAUUCCUUUUGGAUUGUAUAGAUAUGGCCAAAUCAAAAGAAUUCACUUAUGUCUCAGAGAAA